AUAGAAGAAAAAAGUAGAGGCGCACUUUGGAGUUUGUUGUGUUUUGUGCAAUAAAGACAAGACAAAGUUCUAUUCCUGGAAUAUUACAAUCAUUUUGCACAACCAGAUGAAUUAUCCAUACACAAAAGUACAAAAGGUGUAAGAAUGUAGAAAAAAAAAUCUGAGAGGAAAAAGUGACCGUCCAAUCAGAAGUCAGCAAGAGUCCUGUUGCCAGGCAACAGCUGUGUAACCUGACGAGCAGUCAUUAAGUUACACAACAUUGACAAAAAGCCUCUUAAAAAGCAUCUUAGCACGUCCAGAUGUUGCAAUGACAUCAUCCCAGCGUCUUCUUGCCCUCCUGACUUGCGCGUGCUCGUUAAAUAAUGGCCGGCGAGCAUUUAUUGAUUAUGAAUUAUUGAUCGGGAAAGCCGACCGAGCCCGAGGGAGCACGACGGAACACACAUGAGCAGGAAGUAGAAGGACACGGACAUGGAAUAAAAGAAGCAAAAAACAAACCGGAAUGAUUCUUUUUAACCGGCAUCCUUAAGCCCCGCCCUCAAAGAGUCAGCAGUCUGCAAAAAUGUCCCGACUGAUAGAAGAGGAGCCGGCGGCCCCCGUUGCCGUGGAGACGGGGACGCCGCUCAAAAGGCAGGAGCCGCCGUGCAUCGUGUGCUUUGGCAGCUACGACCUGGCCAAGCGGUUGCCACGGCGACUGCACUGCGGCCACACCUUCUGCCAGGCGUGCCUGAAGAGGCUGGACACCGUCGUCAACGAGCAGGUGUGGAUCCCCUGUCCUCAGUGUCGCCAGAACACGCCGUGUCCUCGAGGGGGCGCGGCCGCUCUGGACCUGGACUUGGCCUGCUUCCUGGCCAUCAAAGCGCGGCAGGUGGUCGGCUCCUCCUCCUCCUCCUCCUGGAGCGGCGGCGAGGCGGCGGCCGGCGACGCGGACCAGGCCAAGAAGGUGUGGGCGGAGAAGGAGGCGGGAGCGGACGGCUGGUCGCACGGCGGCCUGGCGGAGCCGCGCUUUCAUCGGCACGCCGGCUGCUGCACGCUGCUCUCCCAUUGGCUGUGCCGCUGCUCCUGCUGCCAGAGGCGGAGCUAAAAAAAAAUAAGGGCGGUGACUAAUUCCUUAACAGCCGGCUGACCUUUGACCCCGCCGCCGA